AUCAACAUCAUUUUUUCUCAUUUCCAUCCGCGAGAGAAGCAGAGGAACAGAGAGCGUACAGGGGAGCUCGGGUAGAAUUUCCAAAGCUCCAAUCUUGAGCCCUAGUGAUCCAAAAAAUCCCGUAAGUAAUGCCUAAUUCAUCCAUACAUCGUGAUUUAUCGAUUUAGAGCUUUAAAACGAGUUUUUGGUUCAGGAAUUUCUUGAUUUCCCGAUCUGCCAAAUUAGGGUUUCGGAGUAUCCGGAAGCCGGAUUGAGCCCAAAUUUCAUAUACGAGCUUCUUGCAGCGAGGUAAUCAAUCCCCUAGUUCUAAUUCCUGAUUUUCGGCUAUUAUUUAGGCCAGGGUCCAAACCGCUGAAUUUAGCUCCGGCCAGGGUUUGAUGUGCUUUUAUCGAGAAUUUGACCCGGAGCCUAGAACUAAUAUUGACGGGGAUACUGCAGGGGAUAUUAGGACGGUCUCGGAUUUUAAUUCGGGGUUCGUUCCUGAAAUUGACGUUUUAGUACGGGAAGGUUAAACCGGUGUUUGAACGACCAGAACUGGUGAGGGAUUAGCACGGCAUACCGGGUUUGUCGUAUCACGAUAAUUAUAUUGAUGCUUAGAAUUGACCUAGGUGAAUUAGAAUGGCAUGAUUAUGGGUGUAUGGACUUCUCUGCUAUAUGAUGAACUAUAGGCUUCUGUAUGAUAUUAUUGACUUGCCUUAAUCGAUAUGGACCUUGUUUAUGUUGAUAAUUCCAUAUAUGUUGCCAGAUGUGGGUUUAAUUGUGAAUAUGCCUUAUGUUGGUUCGAGAAGGUGAUUGGAUAUGAUUUUUCAUGAUUGUUGUAUUUGGAUGCAUAAGUGGGAAAAUAUAUAUUCCCUGGUGAUAUCAUGAUGUUUUAAGGAGGAUGACUUGCACGAGGGUUUAUCCCGAGGAAGUGCAACUAUACGACUCCUGGUUUACCUAUGUUGAGCCAAUUAUGGCCAGGUCAAGUACAUGUGCAAGUAAUGAAUUAUGAUUAAGCAAGAUGAGAUAUGAAUCAUGUAUAAGGAUACCAAAUAUGAGUGUUGUGGUCUCACGGUCAACUACAUAGUAAUUAGGGCUCCCUAUGCUAUUACUCUAUUAUGAUAUGAUAGUCACACCUCUCAUGUGGUGGUGACUGAAGAAUUCUUACGAGAUAUGACCACACCCAGAGUGGUGUCGGGGUAUGACUACACCCAUAGUGGUGUGGGGUAUGUAUGACCACAUCCGACGGGAUGUUGGGGUAUGUAUGACUACAUCCGACGGGAUGUGGGGUAUGUUUCCCGGGAGAGUUAUUAGCAUGGGAGUAGCCAGGCGCCUAUGAUUAAAACAUGAUAAGAUGCAUAUGCAUAAGUCAAAGUGGUUGAGUCUUUUGCUUAUUGGGAUAUGAGGAUGGCUGAGGUCCGAUCCUAGUGUUUUGGCUCGUUUGCUAGAUGUAUGGUAGGGGUAUGCUCUGUUAUGAACUCACGAUGCUAUGAUUAUCUCACUCAGCUAUGAGCUGACCCUCUUUUGUUCUUCUUCUCUGCUUAUGCUAUGUGUAAGCAGAUCAUCAGCAGCAGCAGUAGAUAAGUGUUAGGUGGGAGAGGAGCUAGAGUUGAAGCCAGGAUGAGGUAUGGUCUUCAACUAUUCUGUGCUUGGACUACUACUCGGGAUUUUGGCCAGUGAUCCACACCUUUUUGUAAAAAUGUUUUGAGAACGUUUUUCAUGUGCAUACUAGCUUCUGAUGUAGUGUGAGAUAUCCACAGGUGUGGAAAGUUGAUGAUAUGUGUAUAUGUUGUGUAACUGUGUAAGUUGUGACGAUUAUGGUAUGUAUAAGUAUGGUAUGCAGUUAGGAAGUAUGAAAACUGUGACUAUGGCUAUGGAAAGCCAAUGCUUAUGGUUGUGAGUAUAUAUGUUUGUGAUAAAUUAUUUUGCAGGACAAGUUGCAAGAACUGUUAGCCCAUUACGCGAGUAAUUCAUGUCGAAAUUUUAUUUAGAUAAAUUUUGAUAAUUAAUGUAACACCCGAGAUUAAUUCCGCUGCAAUUGUAUGAACAAUAUGAUUAGGUAAUACGUAUAGGAUAGGGUGUUACAGUUUGGUAUCAGAGCCCGGUUCCCUCUUUUUGCUGUUAUGGCGUACUAUACCCUAUGGGAGGCUAAACACUCCUAAGGAGGGGAGUACCCCAUAAUGACUUAAACUGGGAAUUGAAUUUGAUAUGAUUAUGUGUAUUGGUAUAUUGGAUGAAAUUACCUGCAUCAUGGUUUUCAAAAAUUGAGUUUUGAACUUAUUUGUUUCGAGUAAUUAUUUUGGGAAAAUUUUUGUUUUAACCAAGUGAGAGAUUUGGUGAAGAAUGAAUUUUGUGUGGAUCAAUCUAAGGCCAAUAUUUCCUUGUAGCUCGCACGGAAGUUGUGAAAAUGUUCCUACUGACCAGUCGAGAGGAGUGGGGGCGGUUGAUGCAAGACCGCCAGUAUUAUAUUAUGCAAAGAUGAAGAGUUUGGGUGGUAGGGACUUUAAGGGAGAUGUGAGCCCAGAUGCUGUAGUAGAGUGGUUGAGAGAGAUGGAAGAUGUGUUUGAAUAUCUUUAUGCAACCCCAGAGGAAAAAGUGCAAUAUGUUGUUUUUCUCCUAAAGGGGUAUGCGAGGAGCUGGUGGUCCUCAGUCUCUAGAGUUAAUGGUGAACGAGUUCAGUUCACCUGGGAGGAGUUUCUGAAGGCCUUUAAGACAGAGUUUCUUCCCGAAGCUUUUAUCAGGGCAAAGAACAAUGAAUUUUCCAACCUUAAGCAGGAGAAUAUGACAGUUACUGAGUACACCAUCAAGUUUGUUCGACUGCUUUACUUUGAGGAUGGGUUGGCGGAUACUGAGCAUAAGAAGAAGAUGAGAUACUUGCAUGGUCUGCGCAUAGGAUUGAAAGAAAAGAUCCACAGGGUUGAUGAAGAGAGCAUGGCCACAAUCAAGGAGGCAGCACUUAAGUAUGAAGCCUAUGAAGUUGAGAGCCGAGAGGAACACAAGGCCAAAGAAGAGGAGAAGAAGAGGAAGUUUGGAGUAAAUUAUGCUGGACCUCGUUACCCACCCAGGAGAGGUCCUAGCAGUUUUGGGAGAACACCAAGUCAAUCUAUGUCGGGAACAUCAUACAGGGCACCAAUAUCCUCAGCCACACAAUUUCCAUUUUGUCAAGUUUGUCAGAAGAGGCAUAUUGGAGAGUGUAGGAGAUUUUCUGGUGUAUGCUUUCACUGUGGCCAACCUGGGCACAUCAUGAGGGAUUGCCCGCAUGCGAGAGAAGUAAGAGCUACACAGUCCGAGCCUUCAGUGCAAAUGAGUAGAGCCCCAUUCAGGGGUGGUUACCAGGGAGGCUGUAGUGGAUUUCAGAGUGGUCGUGGUGGUUCACAGGGUGGUAGAGGUGGUGGUCGAAAUCAGCCAUCAGGAAGUGGUACGCAGGGUACCAGAGCACAGGGAGCACCGAGGGUUUAUGCAAUGACUCGAGGUGAGGCAGAAGUGGCACCAGAAGUUGUGACUGGUAUGCUUUCUAUCCUUGGCAAGCAAUUAUAUGCUUUGAUCGAUACUGGUUCCUCUCACUCAUUCAUGUCAUAUACGUUUGCACAUAUGCUACAUUUAGUUCCAGAUAAGCUAGGCUAUACCUUAUGUGUUAAAACACCUGUGGGAGAUACCUUGAAGGUAGACUCAGUUAUUAGAAGUUCCUUCAUUUGUGUGGAAGGAGCUUUCCUAGCAGCAGAUUUAAUUCUGCUACCUUUUGAUGAAUUCGAUGUCAUCCUUGGAAUGGACUUUCUGGCAACACAUGGAGCUGUUGUGGAUUGUCAAAAGAAAGAAGUGUUAUUCAGCACACCAGAUAAAGGUCCUGUUGUAUUCCGAGGCAUUAAGAAAAAGGAGACUCAUGGUUUUCUUUCUGCCUUGGAAGCUUUUCGAUUAGUGAAGGAAGGUUGUGAAGCCUUUCUUGCUCAAGUUACUAUAGUAAAUGAUAAGAAGGUUGAGGAUGUAGAGGUGGUAAGGGAAUUUCCUGAUGUAUUCCCCGAAGAACUUCCCGGCCUUCCACCAGAAAGGGAAGUAGAGUUUGAUAUUGAAUUGGUACCUGGCACAACACCAAUUUCAAUGGCACCAUAUAGAAUGGCACCAAUUGAGCUGAAGGAGCUUAAAGAACAAUUGCAAGAAUUGUUAGACAAGGGGUUUAUUCGACCUAGCAUCUCACCUUGGGGUGCACCGGUUUUGUUUGUCAAGAAGAAAGAUGGUUCCAUGAGAAUGUGCAUUGACUACCGGAGGUUGAAUAAGGCGACAGUGAAGAAUCGUUAUCCCCUUCCAAGAAUAGAUGAUUUGUUUGAUCAAUUGCAGGGUGCAUCAGUCUUUUCUAAGAUUGAUUUGAGAUCUGGAUACCAUCAAUUGAAAGUGGCAGAUGGAGCAACCUCAAAAACAGCUUUUAGAACAAGAUAUGGGCAUUAUGAGUUCCUGGUAAUGCCUUUUGGACUCACUAAUGCACCAGCGGUAUUUAUGGCUCUUAUGAACAGAGUUUUCCAUGAAUAUCUUGAUAAGUUUGUGAUUGUGUUCAUAGAUGAUAUUCUCAUCUAUUCUAAAAGCGAGGAGGAGCACAAAGCUCACCUUAGAAUUGUGUUGCAAAUUCUAAGGGAGAAACAAUUAUAUGCAAAAUUCUCAAAAUGUGAGUUUUGGCUGAAGGAGGUAAUAUUUCUGGGACAUGUAAUUUCUGGAAGAGGUGUCGAGGUGGAUCCGAAAAAGGUGGAAGCAGUGGUGAGUUGGACUCCACCAAAAGAUGUGUCGGAGUUGAGAAGUUUUCUUGGCAUGGCUGGUUAUUAUCGGCGGUUCGUAGAAGGAUUUUCUAAAAUUGCUGCACCAUUGACUAAACUGUUGAGGAAGAAUACUAAGUAUGUUUGGGAUGAAUCAUGUCAAAAGAGUUUUGAUGAACUGAAAAAGAGAUUGACCACAGCACCAGUACUUGCACUACCUUCAAGUCAGGGAGAGUUUGUGGUGUAUAGUGAUGCCUCGUAUCAAGGAUUGGGCUGUGUGUUAAUGCAAGAUGGAAGAGUUAUCGCAUAUGCCUCUAGGCAAUUGCGUCCUCAUGAAGUAAAUUAUCCCACUCAUGACUUAGAAUUGGCAGCGGUGGUAUUUGCUCUCAAGAUUUGGCGACAUUAUUUGUAUGGUGAGACUUUUAAAAUUCUAACUGAUCACAAAAGCUUGAAGUAUAUUAUGGAUCAGAAGGAUUUAAAUAGUCGCCAGAGGAGAUGGAUAGAGUUGUUAAAAGAUUAUGAUUGUACCAUUGAUUACCAUCCAGGUAAAGCUAAUGUAGUUGCUGAUGCUCUGAGCAGAAAGGGGAAGAAGAAUAUAAAUGAUCUGGUUGAUUUGAGGGCAAUGAAUGUUGAUUUGGAAGUGGAUGGUGUAACAGGGUUACUAGCUCGAUUGAACAUUCGACCUUUGUUGCACGACAAAAUUCGUGAGAAGCAGAAGGAGGACCCAGAGUUGGUAAAAAUCAUUCAAGACAUUGGGGAAGGAAAAGAAAGCCCAUUUGAAAUGGUAGAUGGCAUGUUGAAGAUUAAUGGAAGAGCAUGUGUUCCUAAUGUUGAUAACUUGAGGAAAGAGAUCCUAGAUGAAGCUCAUUCUUCUGCUUAUGCUAUGCACCCAGGAGCAACUAAAAUGUAUCACACGAUCAAACCAUAUUUUUGGUGGCGUGGGAUGAAAAAGGAAGCGGCUGAACAUGUUUUCACAUGUCUGGUAUGUCAGAAAGUUAAGGCAGAACAUCAAGCUCCUGUGGGAAAACUGCAACCACUUCCAAUUCCAGAAUGGAAGUGGGAAAGAAUCACAAUGGAUUUUGUAUAUGGUCUCCCAUCAUCAAGGGGAAAAGAUGCAGUAUGGGUGAUUGUGGACCGACUGACCAAAUCGGCUCACUUUUUACCCAUUAGAUGGAAACCAUCACUGGAGACUUUGUCUCAACUAUAUAUUAAGGAGAUCGUCAGAUUGCAUGGUGUGCCAAUUUCUAUUGUCUCUGAUCGAGACCCGAGCUUCACAUCUCGGUUUUGGCAAAGUUUACAUGAUGCCUUGGGAACUAAACUGCAUUUUACUUCAGCUUAUCAUCCUCAAACAGAUGGGCAGAGUGAACGAACCAUCCUAACUUUGGAGGAAUUACUUCGAUCAUGUGUAAUGCAAUGGGAGGAAUCAUGGAUUGACCAUUUGCCCCUGAUUGAGUUUGCUUACAACAAUCAGUACCAUAGUAGUUUGGGUGUCCCACCAUAUGAAGCACUUUAUGGGAGAAAAUGUAGAACACCAUUAUGUUGGGAUGUAGAAGGAGCAAGGCAAAUCUCAGGGCCAGAGAUAGUUCAGAUCACAGUUGAUAAGGUCAAGGAAAUCAGGGAGCGGUUGAGGGUGGCUCAAGAUCGACAGAAAGUUUAUGUUGACACGAAUAGGCGUGAAGUUAAUUUCGAAGUGGGUGAGAAAGUAUUUCUCAAAGUGUCACCAUGGAAAGGGGUGAUGAGAUUUGGUAAGAAAGGAAAGCUUGCACCUCGAUAUAUUGGGCCAUAUGAAAUCACAGAGAAGAUUGGACCAGUGGCUUAUAAGUUAGCAUUGCCUCCAGAAAUAUCUCAAAUCCACAAUGUAUUUCAUGUUAGUAUGCUGAAAAGGUACAAAGUGGAUCCUUCCCAUGUUAUACAACCAGAAGAGAUCGAGUUGGGUACAGAUUUAACAUUUGAAGAAGUCCCAGUGCAGAUUGUUGACCAUCAGGUUAAGACUCUUCGCAGGAAAGAAAUACCAAUGUUGAAAGUGGUUUGGAGAAAUCAAGAAAGUGAGAGUGCUACCUGGGAAACUGAAGCAAGUAUGCGAGAGAAGUACCCUGAGUUGGUAGCAACCUACCUUGCAGGUUAACAAUCUUGCCUAAUAAGAUAUGUUUUGAACU